GUACCUGGGACACGCGCGGGCGUCACAGCGCCCGCAGACGGGGCACCGCCGCCCUCCGCCUCACAAACGCCUCCGCCGGCCGCUGGGUGGCCCCUCGCCGCCUUCCCGGCCGCCAUCGGCGCGGCCAUGAAGGGGACUCCCAGCAACCUGGACACCCUGCUGUGGGUCUACCACUUCCACAGCUCCACGGAGGUGGCCCUCCAGCCCCCGCUCCUGGCGUCCCUGGAACUCGCGGUGGCCGCGGCCCACGAGUAUCUGGAGCAGAGGUUCAAUGAGCUGAAGGCCCAGGAGCCCCCGGACCCCGACGCCGCCCAGAAGGCCACCCUGGGGCUGGUGCUGAGGGAGGCUGCGGCCAGCGUCGUGAGCCUCGGGGCCACCCUGCUGGAGGUCUCCGCCCUGUGGCUGCAGCAGGAGGUGCAGCGGCCGGACGGCAGCGACGCCCCGGGCGCCGGGGACCCCGGCAGGGCCCUGGCCCGCCUGGCCCUGGCCGCGCGGCAGGGGAUCCUGCGAGCGGGAGCCGCCGCCGGCGCCGGCGCCCGGUACCUGGCCCAGGGGGUGUGGCUGUGCCUGUGUGGACGCGGCCUGCAGGCGUCCACCUCGUCCCUGCAGGAAGCCCUGCGCCAGCUGGGCCUGGGGGUCCCCGGGGAGCCGAGACGCUCCGGAGACCUCCAGGUGUGCAGCAGCAGCGAGGACGGGGCGCCAGGCAACCCCCCGGCGGCCCGGCCUCACCCCGGCCCCAAAUAAAAGCCCUCCCCGGCAGCGCGCCCUCGCGCCCUCCUCGCCGGCCCCGCGCGCUACCUGCCCAGC